AUGGUCUUUUCAAGGUCCGCUCGCGCUAUCUUUCCUCUCCUCCCUCCGUAUGGAGCUCAUGAUCCGAACGGAGGGCGGCCUAUUCCGCUACAACCAGACGAUAUUACACCAUACAUGGGCUUGCGAGCACGCCUGUCACAAAUAUGGAUGAACCGAUGGACCAUUCUUCUACUCCUCGUGCUGGUCAGAGUUCUGAUCGCAGUCGGCAGUCUCAACACAAACAUGGACUCGGCCAGGCGCGAGGCUCUAUCCGCAUGCUCUUCCGUUGAAUCAAUGGGCAGCGCCAUGGCCUCGAUGCCUCACUACACAGCACGAGGCGUCAACGAACUCACUGCCUCCGGUGUUGAGACGGCUGUCAACGCCCUCAAAACAAUGCUCAUGCUGAUAAUAUCAGGUGUAGAGGAGCUCAUUGUGUUCUUCAUCAAGAUGAUGUACCAAACCUAUCUCUGCCUCAUUACCUUGGCUGUCCGCGGCACGGUCGACGUCGGAGUCGGGCUCCUGAAGGACGCCAGCGACUUUCUCAAUUCGACAGUCAAAACCAUUGGCGAGGGCAUCAGCGACGCGACAGAGACAUUUGAAGACGGGCUCAACAAGUUCGUUGACGGGAUUAAUGUCGUUGGAAGCAUUUUUGGCGCCGACGACGUCCCCGACCUGAACCUUACAAGCUUCAUCGAUGACCUCGAGAAUGCCCACCUCCCAUCGUCAAUCGACGAGGGUCUCGACAAACUCAAUGCUUCCGUCCCUACCUUCGACGAAGUCAGCAAGUUUGUAGAGAACAUCAUUCGGCUACCCUUUGACGAAGUAAAGAAACUCAUCAACGAGUCCAUGGGAACAUACAAAUUUGACCGGGACACCCUUCCUGUUCCAGCAAAGAAGCAGCUCAGUUUCUGUAAGGGCAGUGACGGAAUCGACUCGUUCUUCGAUAAUGUCUCCGACAUUGCCGAGACUGCAAAGAAGAUCUUCAUUGCGGUUUUGGCAAUCGCUGCCGUCCUGGCCUGCUUCCCGAUGGCCUGGCAAGAAAUCCGCCGCUGGCGCGCCCAAAAGGAACGCUCUCAGCUCGUCCGCAAGGAAGCCCACGACCCUAUGGACGUCGUCUACAUCGUAUCAAGACCCUACUCUGCAGCCGCGGGAAUCAAAGCCGCCAGCCGGUUCAGCAACAGCCGUCGACAGAUCCUAGUCCGCUGGGUCAUCGCCUACGCAACCUCCCCAGCAGCCCUCUUCGUCCUAUCCCUCGGUGUAGCGGGCCUCUUCGCCUGUCUCUGCCAAUACCUCCUCCUCCAAGCCGUCGAAAAGGCCGUCCCAGAGCUUUCCGCUGAAGUCGGUGCCUUCGCGGAUAAAGUCGUCUCCUCCCUAGAAAAUACCUCGGCCGAGUGGGCAGACAGCGCGAACGGCGCCAUCGGCGACAUGAACACAGAACUCAACGGCAAAGUCUUCGGUUGGGUAAACACGACAACGCUAGGCGUCAACAAGACGCUGAACGCCUUCGUCGAUAAAACAACGGGCGUCCUAAACGAUACAUUCGGCGGAACCCUGCUGUACGACCCCUUGAAGGAAGUAUUCAACUGCCUAAUCCUCCUGAAGAUAACAGGAAUCCAAAAAGGCCUAACAUGGGUCCACGACCACGCGCACAUCGACUUCCCAACCCUCGGUAACGACACCUUCUCCCUCGGCGCAGCAGAAAGCAUCACCGACGACAACGGCUCCGACAGUUUCCUCACGGACGCAGGCUCCUCAACAUCCAACAAAAUCACCGAGGUCGUCUUCCGCGUCACAAACGCCAUCGAGUCCGGCAUCGCCACCGAGGCCCUCAUCUCCGGCUUCAUCCUGCUAAUCUGGUUCCUGAACCUCCUCUUCGGGCUCAUCCGCGCCCUCUCCCUCUUCAGGAGCCAGGACCGAAACCGCGGCGACGGAGGCCCUGCACCACCCGCGGCCUCCGAUCCGAACGACGGCUUCCUGGAUGUCCCGCUCACUGCAAUGCCCAGUAUCAACAAUGCCAACACCACGUCGCACUUCGCGGCGGACUCGCAAUCCCGUUCCCAGGCUGUCCCCGAGUACGAGCCGCCGAGCCGGAAGUUCGCGACCGCGGGUCUCCAUGUCCCUGCUGCGUCUGCUGUGACAGAGACAGGAUAUGAAGACGAGAAGCUGGGCUUUGCGGGGCAGAGGAGGAACGCGCUGAAGGUUUCUGUUGUGGAUGCGCGCGCGAGCAGUUAUCCUGAGUUUGGGGAUGAGAAGCGAUGA